AUGUUAAUAAAAUAUCUCCUAAAUUUACUCAUCUUUCUGCAAUAUCUAACGGCAGCUCUUUUCGAAAAGGGCAUAAUACUAAAAGAUCUCAAGUGUCGUCUAAUGGAUAAGGAAUUUUUCCUUUUAGAUAAAUGCGACUAUAUCACUAACAUUCACAAUAUCGAAGAGUUUCAUUUAGUUUUAAAACUUUUUCCCAAACGUCCCAUAACCAAUUGUCUGCUGCAAUUACAAUUUCAACUUAAAAGCUUUACGGUUCCUUUAAAAUUCAAUGGUACCUAUGAUGUUUGUAAAUUUAUGUUAGAACGUAAGAAAAAUCGGGUAUUAAAACGUUUCUAUGAUAUCUAUAGACGUUAUAUGAAUGCUAAUCAUGCUUGUCCCUAUGAUCAUGAUGUUUAUUUUAAGAGUUCUAAGCAUAUACCUAUUGCUGUAAAUAUACCCUGGCCCAGUGGUGCAUAUUCAUUUCAGUCAUUAUGGAUUAUAGACAAAAAGAUUCGCUUUAAUUUAGCUGGUAUUAUAGAGUUUUAUAAUAAUAAUUCCUCGAAAAAGGGAUAUUUUAAUAGAAAUUAA